GGUGGUCAGAGAGAAGAACGGUCCUCUUCAUUGACAUCGUUAUGGAAACUGACCAACUUUCUGUGGUUGCCUUGUGUUUGCUCUUGGUUUCUGGGUCCACCCCGGCCUAUGGUACUCUUGAUGUUGAGGAGGAGAAUCCGGAGUUCUGGAGGACCCAGGGUGCCAAGGCUCUGCAGGCAGCGCUGGACAGGAAGUUCAACACUAAUGUGGCCAAAAACAUAAUGCUCUUCCUAGGUGACGGUAUGGGCAUUACCACCAUCACGGCCGCUCGUAUCCUCAAGGGCCAGAUGAACAACCAGUCUGGGGAGGAGACAGUCAUGAUUAUGGACACUUUUCCCCAUGCAGGCCUUGUGAAGACAUACAGUGUUGACUUCCAGAUCCCUGACAGUUCAUCAACAGCCACGGCCUAUUUGUGUGGUGUUAAGACCAACCUCAACACGGUUGGGGUGAAUGCAGCCUCUCGCAACGGAGUCUGCAAGACCCAGAAGGGAAACGAAGUCACUUCCAUUCUCAAGUGGGCCAAAGAUUCUGGGAAAUCCGUCGGGAUCGUCACGACGACGCGGGUCCAGCACGCCACCCCUGCAGCCACCUAUGCCCACACCGUCAGCAGGAAGUGGUACAGCGAUGCCGACAUGCCCGCCUCCGCGAAAAAAGAAGGGUGCACAGACAUCGCUUCUCAGCUCCUCAACAACACGGACAUUGAUGUGAUCAUUGGUGGUGGCAGGAAGUACAUGACCCCCAAGGGAACACGGGAUCCAGAGUACCCCAGAGAUCUGGCGUCCAGAGGAAAGAGAGGCGAUGGACGGGACCUCAUCUCUGACUGGCGGAAGAUGAAAGUUGGAAAAGUUGCUCGUUACGUCUGGAACAGAACUGAUUUUGACUCUGUGGACCCUGACACCACUGAUUACCUUAUGGCCCUGUUUGAGCCUGGGGACAUGCGCUUUGAAGUGGAGAGAGAUCCCAUCAUGGACCCAUCCAUCGCUGAGACCACAGAGAAGGCCAUCCGUAUCCUCAGGAAAAACCCCAAGGGAUUCUUCCUGCUGGUGGAAGGGGGGCGUAUCGACCAGGGCCACCAUGCCUCCAGAGCCUCCAUGGCGCUGCACGAAACAGUUGCCUUGGACAACGCUGUUGCCAAGGGCCUGGAGUUGACCAAUGAAGAGGAGACUCUCACACUUGUGACAGCUGACCACUCCCAUUCCUUCAGUUUUAACGGAUACCCCUUCAGGGGGCAAAGCAUUCUGGGGAAAUCUCCACUGUACGGGAAAGACAUGUUGCCUUACACCACACUAAUGUAUGGAAAUGGCCCUGGCUACAAAGUCGUCAACAACAAGCGCCCGGACAUCCGUAAUGUCGACACAACGUCUAAAGAUUAUGUGCAGCUGUCCGCGGUGCCCCUUGACAGCGAGACCCAUGGCGGAGAGGACGUGGUGGUUCUGGCCCGCGGCCCCAUGGCCCACCUCUUUCACGGGGUCCAGGAGCAGAGUUACCUGGCUCACGCCAUGGCCUACGCUGCCUGUGUGGGCCGGGACCUCCGACACUGUGAAGGCAGACCUCAGCCAACUAACACGGAUGGUGGCAGGAACGCUGCUGUGUCCCCGGUGUCCUCCAUCUCUCUGGUUACUGCCGCGUUGACUGGCCUGCUGGCCGCAUUGCUGCACUGAGAGGCGGCCGGAGGGAGACGGAGACAAACAGAAGGAGAGCAAAAUCAGAGCUCCCUUGGUUCCCUUUCACACUUCACACCAUCACCACCAAUCGGAAGCUUGGUUGUCCUUCAUUGGGGUCUUGUGUUCGGCAUUGAGUCGUGCCGGCACUGCCCUUGUCCAAAUAUAUUUCUAUGACUAUGGACAGCGGCUGGUAAAUACUUGUAGUGUGUUGAGGUACAGGCCUGUGUUUAUAAAAAAAAACUGUGGAGAAUUCUUCCCACGUCUGGCGCCAUUUGCCUAUGUGCUGUAUUAGGUAUGUAGAGUUGUUUCCUCUGUCACCAGAUGUUACACAUUAUUGGUUUUUAUUACCGUUGUUUUACUGGAUAAAUACAAGGAACACAUUUUUAUUUUCAGCGUCUACCUGGGAGCAAUUGGGUUAACCACCUUGCUGAGAGACAGAACAAUAUACUUUUUUCCCUCUUUUCAGCUCUGGGAUGGGAUUUUAACUGUGAGGUUAGCUAUGAGUCACUGGGAGGCCCUGUGGGCAAUGUUAUUGGUCAGAAUUGUCCAGGGAGUCUGGGGUCAUGGUUAACUGGUAUUUCCUUUUCUCAUUGUGCUUUAAUGACUCCUUUAGGUUGCUUAGGCGCCUGCAAUGUUGAGGUCAGUCAUCAGAUGAGAAAAUACAUCCUCACAUGCAUUGACCCAUGGAACUAUCUAAACGGAAUCUUUAACACUUACAAAAUACAAAAACAAAUGUAGAUGACAAAAUUGGGAAGAAGUGUGGACACCUAAUAGUACAGAGUCAUUGGGGAACAGAAGAAGUGUGGACACCUAAUAGUACAGAGUCAUUGGGGAACAGAAGAAGUGUGGACACCUAAUAAUACAGAGUCAUUGGGGAACAGAAGAAGUGUGGGCACCUAAUAGUACAGAGUCAUUGGGGAACAGAAGAAGUGUGGGCACCUAAUAGUACAGAGUCAUUGGGGAACAGAAGAAGUGUGGGCACCUAAUAGUACAGAGUCAUUGGGGAACAGAAGAAGUGUGGACACCUAAUAGUACAGAGUCAUUGGGGAACAGAAUUUCAGUUGCUGAUUCAGAUUCCAUGUCCCAUGCCUGAGGGUCAAAACAGUUGGCACAACAUUUUCUUGUCCCCAAGAAGAGCGCAACAUUGCGUCCCGUUCUAACCUUUAUUACAGUCUGUAUCUUAAUGAUUGGUUCAUAAUAUCGACCUAAAGGACAUAUUUUGAUACUUUUUACUGCACCCACCCACUUGUGAGGCUCUGUCAAAUUGGACAUUACCUGAGCGAGGUUUUAUUGCCUAGAUGCAACAGCUCUUAAUCUGGCGCAUCGGUCCGGAGUACUUAAAUGCCUGGUUGGGAGUCCACUGAGCCAGCCUGUUUCAAAUCCCACCUGCUUGACAAGAUUAAAUUGUUGGAUGCUUUCAAUGGCAAUUUUCAUGCUGAAAUAUUCUCUUUGUCAUAAACCCAUAGAUGUUGCACCCAUAGAGAUGCAUAGAGGGCCUCAAUUGCUUUCUCAUGCUGGAACAGGUGUUAUAAGGACCACCGAUAAGAUCUGAUUCCAUCUGUGGGGUUGUACUACAUCUCAUUCCUUUCCUCAGUGAACAGAUAUUUCAGUUGUUAUUGUACAUUUUGCUACUCCUUUUCAAACAAAAUGUGCUUCGUACCAAGAAAUUAUUUUCAGUCUAUCAACAAACUAUCAAAAGUGAAUUAUUGUUAAGGGUAGGGUUAGAUUUACAGUACAUUUUAAAGGAAACAUUUAAGGUCAGGGAUAGGUUGAGGUUUAGGGUUUGUGUUAGUAGAUAGUAAACUGAAAUGUUAUUUAUUAUUAGUAGAUAGUCUGUAAAGCACAGGUGUCAAACCGGUUCCACAAAGGGCCGAG